GCUUUAGAGUUCUAAAGUUUUAUUUAGUAACUUUUAAAUAGUAAACACGUGCAGCUUGCCUGUAUUUGUGUAAACAUAUAAUCCCAGUCCGUGCAUCCGCAGUCAGCAUCUCCGUUAGUAUGCCGAUGUAAAAUGAAUGCAUUGCGCAACAUAUUCACCUCGCGUACAUUAAAUUAUCUUCGCCAAAAUGGACAGAACGCUAUUAUCAAUGCCACACAACAGCCGCCGGCGGUGCCGUUGGCUGGCAAAGAUGCGGACGCACCGCUGAAGGAUGUAAAGCAGGCAGUGCCGCUUUCUAUACCACGCUCUAUACUCGACGCCUGUUGCUUUACGGCCAAGCCGUUUGACAUUGCUGGAUCCGGGGCAAAGCCAUCCGGUUCACUGUCACCCACAACAUUGAAGCAAUUUCGACGAAUGCAGCGCCGCAUGGAACUGGUCUAUCGCUGCAAGCUGUGUAACACGCGUAACACCAAGACUAUUAGCGAGGAGGCCUACUAUAGUGGCGUUGUUAUACUGCAGUGCGAUGGCUGUGCCGUUGACCAUCUGAUCAAGGACAACCUGGGCCUGUUUGCAAACGGGGCAGACAGUAGCAAGAGCAUUGAAACCUUGCUAUCCGAGCGACACGAACGUGUUCGGGUCAUCAAAGUGAACGAGCACGGGGAACUCAUCUAGUUCUAGUCAGGGCAGCGACGUAGUAUCAUCGCGUCCAAAACGAACAACUAACCAAGCAGUCAAGCUAGAUUGUUUGUUAUAUUUUGUUACUUACUACAAACAUUCACUAUGUGUUGUAUGUAUGUUUUAAGAAUCCGCGGCCAAUCUGUAAUGUUAAUGUUAAGUGGAGUCGCAGAACAAAGCACGCAUGAGUAAUGCAAUAUUAAAAAAAUCAAUUCGAAAACAAACUUCUUUGUUAU